UGAAACAACCAGCCAAACCAGCUGCAACUGAACUUGAUGAUUUACCUUUCGGAGGUUACAUGCCUUCUACGUCAUCUGGUAAAGGACGAAGAUCAAAAGAAACAAAGAAGCCAGAAUUGGAUUCAGGAAGUUUUCUUGAUUUUUUGAACAGCGAUAUUGAUGCUCAUUCUAAAAGUCCUUUAAAAAAAGAGAGUAGUACUAACAGAUCUCGCAGCAUGAUGCUAUCCAGUGAUCCCAUUUCCGCAUCUGACCUAUCUGGUCGACCAAAAUCAUCAGAGUUUCUUGGACUUGGGAAGGAGAUUGAUCUUGGAGAAGUGGAAGUACAACCGAGAAGAAGCCAUGAAUUGGAUUCAGGAAGUUUUCUUGAUUUUUUGAACAGCGAUAUUGAUGCUCAUUCUAAAAGUCCUUUAAAAAAAGAGAGUAGUACUAACAGAUCUCGCAGCAUGAUGCUAUCCAGUGAUCCCAUUUCCGCAUCUGACCUAUCUGGUCGACCAAAAUCAUCAGAGUUUCUUGGACUUGGGAAGGAGAUUGAUCUUGGAGAAGUGGAAGUACAACCGAGAAGACCGUCUAGUUCAUCCGUCCCUGAAACUAAGAAAUCAACUUUAACUGCUCCACCACCAGCCCCUACAAAGGAAGUAGGAACACCACCCUUUCAAGCCAAAAGUUCCAUCUCUGGUGAUAUAAACCAACUAGAAAUUGCUCCUGUCUUUACACAACCACCACCUGUCAGCAACCUCCACAGUGAACCAAUUUAUGAUCCUCCUCCUUCAUCCAACAUCUUCUUGGAUGAUCCUGUUAAACCACGAGUGGCACGUGCAUCUCGUAGAAGCAGGGAUGAAGAUCUUUUAUCUUCGUCACAAAGAUCUCUUCCUCCAAAACAACCAACUCCACAAGCAAAGAGCAAACCCUGGGUUCCAAAUGGGAUGCAAGAGCUUACCCCAGCAACCAGAUCUCAGUCGUUAGAAGUUGAAGUGCGGGUUCAAAACUUGGAGAAUCAGUUGGAGCAUGCGCGAGGUCUCUUACAUCAAGUUCAACUUGGUCACCAAGCUGAUCUUGAUCUUGCUAAGCAAGCUUAUGAUGGAAGGGUUGAGAUCCUACAGCGGUCAUUAGGUGAUGUGCGAACACGCGCAGAACGAGAAUCAGAAAGUAUUCGUGAGUCGUAUGCUGCGAGGUUGGACGCCGUUCGUAAGCAGGUACGUGAGCAUGCGGUAGAAGCUGCUGGACAUGACCUAGUGGAGCAAGAGGAGAUUAAGAGGUUGCGUGAGCUACACUUGCAAGCACUGGAAGACAUGAGACUUGAUCAUGAUCAACAAGUGGCGAGAGUAAAAAGAUGUCAUGGGGAUGAAAUUGAAGCUUUAAAAUCCUCCACUGUUUAUGUUAGAAACAUGGACUCCAUGAUGGAUAAAGUGAAUGAAUCAACACAACAACUGCAGAAACUUACCGCAAAAUAUGAGUCAGCAUUUCAUUCCAUGACUCAGCAAUCUGAGGAUAUGUCUUCAGCCAACAAACAUCUAUCAUCAGUUAUACAGAACCAGCUUCAACAAAUGCAACGACAAAAUGAAGAAACACAAAAAAAUCUUCAACAAACAGUGUCUAGAUUGGAAGGAACAAUAUCUGAGAUGAAUAGACGUUUUGAAGAACAGCAGUACAGGAUGCAGUCAGAGCAAAGUCGGUUGCAAUCUGCACAAGCUUCCCUUGAACUUGAGAAGAAACAUCUCAUGCAACAAGUACAGAUGGAAAGAGAACAAGCACGAAAAUCUCAGAAUGAAGCAGUUGACCUGCAACGGAAUUUGCAACGAGAAGCCAAGGAGGAUCGAGAACGGUGGUUGCGACGUGAAGAAGAGAUAAGAGUGGCAUCUAGGAGUGCGGAGGAAGCAAGAGAGGCGGAGGUUGCUCUUGCUGCUCAGCGGGACAGAGAGGCGAGAUCAGCAAUGGAAUCUUUGGCUCGAAAUCGUUCGAAUCUUGCAGAGCGUUCUGAGAGGAUGGUAGCUUUGGAAACAAAGUUGCAACUACAGAAGGAAGAAUAUGAGAGAAGAAUGGCAACUUUGAAGUCCAAUGAGCAAAGUUUGGAAGAAAGAAGGGAGGCUCUUGUAUUGAGAGAAAAAGAUUUGAGGGAAAAUGAAGAGAAAAAUGCAAAACGCAUCAAUGAAAGUGAUCAAGCACUGACAGAAGUGAAGCGCGUCGAGCGUGAGCAUGAGUCGCGCAUGAAUGAACUUCAUGUGCAAUCUGAGGACCUUGCUCGCCAGCGCCAACUACUGGCUGAGGAAAGAAAACUGAUUGCUAAAGAAAAGCUCGAUAUAAUUCAAAACCACCACGCUCACCCCAAGUCUACUCCUCCACCUAAUAACAUUGUAUACGAUCUUACUCCAACCAAACUAAGUCGGGCUGAUUUGGUGUCUUCAGUUCCAGUAAACACAGCACCGAUUCCAUUGGCUUCUAAUCCUGCAACAGUCUUGUGGAGUCACACAGCUAUGCAGGAUCAGAACUACUUGGAAGAUGAGAAGUUCUUCUUGGAAGCAUUGAAGCACACACCUUAUCAUGGAACAAAAUCAUGAGCUGUUUUAAUGCAUGGUGGAACAUACAAAGCACUGUAGUGUAGCAAUUUAUUGAAAUCUGUAUUGCAUUUUUGAAGUUUCGUAUUAAAAUAUAUAUUUUGAUGAACA